AUGAGUAACCCAACGAUAACAGAACAACUUGAGGGCUUCCCUAUUUUCCAGAUGGUGAUAGUAGGGCUACUUCGAUUAUCAGAACCAAUCGCUUUCGCAAGUUAUUUGAGCUACAUUUUCUUUAUGAUUAAAAGCUUCAAGAUUGCCAAAACCGAUGCUGAUGUUUCUCGAUUCAGUGGAUACUUGGCGUCAGGAUUUGCUUUCAGUCAAUUUUUGAGCUCUGUGAAAUGGGGUAAAGCGUCUGACAAGUAUGGAAGGAAACCAAUCAUACUAUUGGGCUGUUUCGGGACUGCCAUUUCCAUGAUUGUGUUUGGAUUCAGCACCAACUUUUACAUGGCAUUUUUCGCGAGAGUUAUGAUGGGACUAUUGAAUGGAAAUGUUUCCAUAAUGAGAACCACUGUGGGAGAAAUAGCUAUUGAGAAGAGACAUCAAGGAAUUGCAUUUUCGAACUUGAGCUUGUUGUGGAGUCUUGGAAAAUGUAUUGGUGCUUACCUUGCUGGGAAAUUGACUGAUGUCGAUCAUUUCAGAAAUUAUAGACGUGAUAGCAAGGAAGGCUUACAUAAUUCAGACUCUCUAUUUGAUAGAUUCCCAUUCGCUUUUUCCAACAUUGUUAUUUCAUCAUUGAUUUUAUGCUUUAUGGUCUGUGGGUGGUUAUUUUUAGAGGAAACAAAUGAUAGAGUAAGACAUAGGCGGGAUCGAGGUUUGGAGGUCGGUGAUGCAAUUCGCAGACUAUUGGGAUUUGAAAUACCCGAUCGACCAUGGAGAAGAGGAAAGUCGGAAGAUAGCGAGUUCCUAAUUCACGACAAUUCAUUGCCGGAGGAAUUCGAUGAUGAUGAUGAUGACACCGAGAUGUAUGAGCUACAACUGUUAACAUCAAAUGAGGAGAAUACGACUAAGCAAGGGACUGAUAUUGCUCUUUUCACGCGGCCAAUAAUCUAUCGCAUCUUUUGCAACUUUCUAUUGUCCUUUUGUAAUGUUAUCUACACUGAAUUUCUUCCAAUAUUGUUGUCAAAAACUGUGGACGUUGACUCGUUGAGAUUUCCAAUCCACAGUCGAGGCGGGUUUGGGUACAGUACAGAAUCAGUUGGUAAACUUCUUUCCAUUACCGGAAUUUCAGGAGUUGUUCUUGUCAGUUUGUUGUUCCCCAUCAUCAACAAAUAUCUUUCCCUUUUAACAGCGUUUCGAACAGGAGUUGGAUUUGUCCCAAUCAUUUCAUUCAGCUUGCCAUUAAUCAUUUUCACAAUUCCAGAAUACAACCCGAUGUUUCAUCUGCAUGCGACGACAACUGCUUUACUAUAUUUAAAUACUUUCUUCUCCUCGUUUGUUGGGUCAAUUUCAUUUCUGCAAAUGACACUUUUGAUCCACCGUGCAUCACCAAAACAACACCGGGCUGUAAUCAAUGGCUAUACAAUAUCAUUCACUGCAUUUGCACGUUUUCUAUCUCCUCUCAUUUGGGGAUGGAUCAUGUCGCUAUGUGACAAGAAUGGAGUCGGUGUCAUUGCUUGGUGGUUACUUGGGGCAAUCUACUUAAUUGUGUUUUUGUUCACAUUCCUUCUAAGCGAAGCUGAUGAACAAGACGUUUAG